AUGAAACGGAGUCGUCAAGUCUUCGAAAGCCACCCACAUCCAUUGCAGUUGCGCAAAGUAAUUGUCCCAGAGUCUGAAGAGGAGUGGAUUCAAAUACAAGAAAGCAACGCUUACAAUCGUGACGAAGAUUGGUUUCAGCAGUUUACUACUCCAUUAUCAUCGUCACGACGUCCACUUGCCUCGGUGCAGGUAUUGACCUCACUUAUUGGUAGCCAACCUCAAUCUACAGCAACCUCUACUAUCAAUACUACUACUACUACUACUACUACUACUACUACUACUACUACUGCUACUACUUUCAAUCCCCUUCAGGCACCCAUUUUCCAAAAGUUUUACCAGAAAACAGGAUUCACAGGCCAACCAAAAGGCUUGUUGUUGUCUACCGAAGAAUCAUCAUCAUUAUCGAAUCAAGAUGAAAAUGGAAUCCAAAAUGACAUCGACAAUCCUUCCUUUUCCUCGCUGACCAAAGGACAACAUCGACGAUAUUUACAGCUGACCGGUUCGCAACAGACAGAACGACGAAAAGAACAUGAACGAAAGGAAUUGAGAACGUUGACUGCCAUGAUCAAGACGGAACAAGCCACCUUUCGACAAGCUCUAUCAACAUUCUAUACUACACAUAAGGAUCGGUUCCGGGCUGGAUUCCAAGGGCAGCAGCAUCCUGCGAAUCCAUUUUGUCGUUGGGCAUCCAAUCAUCAAAAGGAAAUCAAUCAAGAAUGGCAAGGCGAUAUCAAUCUUCCAAUGCACUUUGGCAAAUGUUUUCAAAUCCUCUCAUUCCCAUCCAGAUAUCCCAAGUUGCUGGAUGUGGAUGCCUUGCACUUUGAAGUCGUCCAGCAUGAUGGUAAUAAUGAUAACGAGACGCAAGGAGACAUGCCAGCCUCCGAUUUGCCACAGAUUGGGUCGCAAAUCAAAGUACCAUCUACAAGUAUCAAGUCUGGCAGUAGUACUAAUAGCACGAGGAGCUGGCUAAAGGACGACACCGUGGCCAUGGAAUUGGCAAAAGAAAAAGGUGCUAUCAUCUUAACAUCGGUAGAGACGCUCGAAACCCUAUUGCAGUUGCCAAGGGAUACUCGUGCUCGGUGGAUGCUCUUUGCUACUACAACGAACAACAAGGACCUUACAAUAUUGGAUAAACCAAUUGCUCAGCCAAUGAUGCCUCGACAAUGUCUCGAGCUGGGAUUGCAAGAGGGGAUCUAUCAUCAUGACGACGGCGACAAAAUCAAAUUCAAGCAUGUCUACACUCUUUGGACACUGCCUGCUACUACCGCAGCAAUGAGACGACAACCAAUCCGCGUGUUGGUUCGGUCCACUGUUCGCAUGGUCGACAGGGAGGGAAUUCCCAUUGUGAUUCGGCCUCAUGCGGAAUACUUUCCCGAGCGGGGUAUAGAAGAAGCUUCGCUCUACGAAAAAUCAUUGUGGAUCUUGGAUCAGAUGCUAUUUCAGCACAAUGUCAAAACAAGAAUGGCCAGGGUGGAUUCGCAAACUUGCAAAAUUGUGGAUUUGGAAGAGACAAGUAUUGCCCAUGCCUUGGCGUCUGCUGCGAACAAAGCAAGCAAUCCAAUGCUGCACUGGCAAACCUUGAUACAGAUCUUUCAGUCACUUCCAAGCGUUGGACUUUCUGAAUACUUGUUGUGUCUACCAGGUCAAGAUACCCAUUCCGCAACUUCCUCUGCGUCGAUUCAUGCUCCUAUCUCUUUGUCAAGAGGAGAUUCUGCAGAACGUGACACUGCAUGUAUCGUGAAUCUGGAAAAUAGCAUAUCUCAAGCCGAGACCGUGGUUUUGAAUCAAGAUGCGCUGUUGUAUUGCUCCCGUGACUGGAAGUGGACCGACCGUGAACGAGUUCCGUACACGUUUCCCCCUCGAGAGAAAGCCAAGACCAACAAGCAGCAGUAG